AUGGACUCGAUCCCGGCAGACAAGUGGGUGGGCGAAUAUGCUCGAUGGCUGCGGGUGCACGAGGCCAAGCUCGGUGAUGCCGCUGCCUCGGCCGCAGCAGCCAAGCGUAACGCAGCCGCCGCCAAAUCAGCCUCGGAUGCUUCCGCAUCGACUCUGUCGUCCACCUUUUGGAACGUCAAUCCGCACAAUCUCUACUAUCUGCUCAUCCGAUUCGAGGCGCUCGGUCUGCCCGUCGGCUCGCUAGACACCAACAUCCCUGUCGCCGCUCGGCCCACUUCGUACUUUUCCUUUGUUGCGGCCAAUGCAUCGGGCAAGGAUCGCGACGACACCAUGUCCAUCAGCUCCAUGGCCAGCCGCAUCAGCGUCGUCUCGUCCUCCUUCAGCUCCUCGCUCUCCUGGUUUGGCGGCAGCACGGCGAGGGCGGAUCCAUCAAGCGACAUCAAGUACAUCUACUCGUGCUUCACAAAGAUCCCCAGCCUCCGUCUCGGUCCCAUCCCCGCACGCAGGCUCAUCCAGGACUUUGAGGAUUGCCCCGGCCAGUCCGCAGUGCCCCUCGACGUGUUCAAGAAUUUGCACCUCCUCGAGCUCGACGACGUAGAUCCGCGUACGUUGCUUGGUUGGGAUCGUCUCUGCAUCCAGCUCCGCAGCCUGUCGUGCAAGAAGAGCAACAUCGAAGACCUCACCGAUCUGCUCGUCGACCUCGUCAUCCUAGACACCCGGCGAAGGCGAGGCGAGAGGGUGGAUCCCAAGCGACUGCGCAGAUUCGAUCCGCCACCAGCCGAGUCAGAGACGGACGCAGCGCCAUCGCUGCCCAAAGACAUGCCCUCGCUCGCAUGGCACUUCCUUCGCCACCUCAACCUCUCGUCCAACAACCUCACCUUUGUCCCCGUCGAGCCGCUCCUCGCGCUGUCGGCACUCACCCACCUCGACCUCUCGUCCAACCUGCUCAACGUCGUGCCGCCUUCGCUCUCGCACCUGCCCGCCUUGGUCUCGCUCAACAUCUCGGACAACUUGAUCGACUCGGUGCUCGGCAUCUACGACGCGCUGCCCGUCGUGCGCGUGCUCAACCUCGCCAAGAACCGUCUCGAGAGCCUGUGCGGCCUCGAACGCCUGUACGCGUUGCAGCGCGUCGACCUGCGCGCCAACGCCAUCUUUGAGGCGGGCGAGGUGGGCCGCCUCGCCCCGCUCCCCGCCAUCGCAGAGGUGUGGGUCAAGGACAACCCGCUCGUCGAGGAGCUCGUCGACUACCGCGUCGACUGCUUUGCCGAAUUUGCACGCGAGGGGAGGACCAUCGCGCUCGACGGUGAAGCGCCGGGGUUCUUUGAACGCCAGAGGAUCGCAGAGCGCGUCGGCUCGUCGACCAACGGUGCAGCCACGGCUGCUCGCACAACAUCCACGAGCGAACACGAGGAGAAUGAAGCGCAGGUGGCGCAGGAUGCAGCCACCACGAGCCGCCUCGUGACGGUGGUCAAGAACGUGCGCCACCGCGCAGCGUCGCGCCCCGCCGCCGAUGCUGCGAGGGGCAGGGGCGAACACCUCGAUCUGCCAGGCCAGAGCCAGGCCAAGGCGUCGUCCGGCUCGCGAUCGCGUUCCAACUCACGGUCGAGGCGCGAUGGCGCUGGACGCCGACGCAAUCAGCGAGUGGUCGAGUUGGACAGCUCACCACAGAAGCCUGUGACGGAGCAGAGGCGCGAGCGCACGCUGACCGACUCGGACCGCAUCAAACACGCGGCACUUGCAGGCGAUACAUCGGCAGCCAUGGACAGCGCCGAUGCUGCUCGCACUUCCGAUGCCGCUACCAACGGUGGACCGCAUAGCUCGAGCGAUGCGCUGGCGGCACACGGAGCCAUGCUGUUUGCGCUUCCUCCUGGCAUGGCGCCGUCCGAGCAGCACGAGCCAGGCAAAGCCAAGCCACGCACACUCACGUCGCGGCGCAACCCAAUUGAUUCGAGCACGCUCGGCCGAAAGUCGGCGGCGCGUCCCGUAGCUUCGGACCUGUUUGCCACCUCGGACUCUGCCACGAACAAGGCCGGCGCGACUGGCGAGGUCUCUGAAUCCGCAAACGCAGGUGCGGCGCAGGAGCAAGUGGACGAUUCGCCAGCGGUGCUGGCACGGCAACGCAUCGCAAGGCCACGCACAGGUUCGGCCGCAGCGCUGGCGCGCCGCUCGCGCGUGACCACGAGCAUGUACGAUCCAGACCUGAGCGUGGCCGAGUCGGCAAUGUCUCUCAAUGCUGCGCCGCUCACCGAAUUGACGGAGGAAGGAGCGCCAAGUGCAGCAGCAACCGCUUCGGAAGCAGCCAAGCCGGUCGUGGCUACAUCGCCAGGAGCCACGGGCAAGGAGCGGACGGAUGCGCUGCGUCGGCGGAUCGAAGCGCUCAAGUCGGAAGUAGGCGACGACUGGCUGCGCCUCUUGGCACGCGGUGGUGGAGCCACGGGCAAGGAGCGGACGGAUGCGCUGCGUCGGCGGAUCGAAGCGCUCAAGUCGGAAGUAGGCGACGACUGGCUGCGCCUCUUGGCACGCGGUGGUGGUACGGCGGGCGAGCGCAAUUCAGUGCUCAUGCUCUCGAACGUCAAUGACGAGUCGACACCCAGCACGGCCGAGGCCGAGGCGGAAGCGGUGAACGUGGUGCGGCCCAAGCGGACCAAGCCGAGCAAGAAGAAGGUGCGCAACGGCGAGGAAUCCGCCUUGUCGGGUCGCAGGUCGACGGAGCAGGCACAUGCAGAUUCAUCCACUCCGGUCACUCGACUACGCGAAGCGCGCAUCAGCUAG